GUCUCCUCUCCAACCCUCCCCCCUGCUCUAAAACCUCAGGAAAUUGGCACACUCCAACUCUUCCAGCUGAACAAAGAUGGAGUACGUUAAUCCCGAAGGUCUCCGUUUAGAUGGUCGCCGUCCAAUGGAGAUGAGACAACUUCGUGCUGAAAUAGGGGUUGUAUCGAGAGCAGAUGGUUCCGCCUCUUUUGAAAUGGGUAAUACCAAAGUCAUUGCUGCAGUUUAUGGUCCUAGGGAGGUUCAGAACAGGAGCCAACAGAUGAAUGACCAGGCACUGGUACGCUGCGAGUAUAGCAUGGCUAAUUUCAGCACUGGCGAUCGCCGGAGAAAAACAAAGGGUGAUAGGAGAUCCACGGAGAUAUCUCUUGUUAUUCGCCAGACAAUGGAAGCUUGCAUAUUGACUCACCUGAUGCCUCGCUCUCAGAUAGACAUUUAUGUCCAAGUCCUCCAAGCAGAUGGAGGUACAAGAUCAGCAUGCAUAAAUGCUGCCACACUGGCACUAGCUGAUGCCGGGAUUCCCAUGCGUGAUCUUGUCACAUCGUGCAGUGCUGGUUACCUGAAUAGCACACCUCUUCUUGAUUUAAACUACUUGGAAGACAGUGCUGGAGGCGCUGAUGUCACUGUAGGAAUUUUACCUAAGUUGGACAAAGUAACCCUUCUGCAGAUGGAUGCUAAACUACCAAUGGAUAUUUUUGAAAAUGUCAUGCAAUUAGCAGUUGAAGGCUGCAAAGCAGUGGAAAGCCACAUCCGAGAAAUAUUGCUAGAAAAUGCUCAGACAUUGGUGAUUCGCCAAGGGUAUGGCUCUUAACAGGCUGACGAACUUUUAUAGAGUUUUUGGU